GAAUGAUGGCAUUGGAUACAGUUUUACGGACUUAACCGACUUGGGAAUUAGCUGCAACCUCCAACAUGCCGUCCAAGCCUGCCCCAAUCAAGAAGGCGGCUAAGAAAGAACCAGCCAAGAAGGAGGAGGAGAAGGCUCCAGAGCCGGCGCCCGAACCCGCUCCCGCAGAGCCCGCUCCUGCCGAGGCCGCUCCCGCCGAGGCCGAAGCUGCACCUGCCCCACCAGCUGAGGAGCCCAAACCCCCCACCCCUCCACCACCCGCAGAUGCUGAAGCUGCUGAGGUGCCCGCACCAGAAGAGCCUAAAGCACCCACACCUCCACCACCUCCACCCAAAGAGCCCACAAGUGCUCCUGUGGAUCUGUUUGUUGAGGACAAGAAUGACACUUCAGUCACCAUCAUUUGGAGCCAGCCAGAGAACAUUGGAAUCACUGGUCUGGAUGGAUACACGAUUGAAGUUUGCAAGGAUGGAACUGAGGACUGGAAAGCAGUCAACGAGGAUCUGCAGAAGUCCUGCCGCUACGUCAUCAAGAACCAGACCACCGGCGACCGCCUGAAGAUCCGCGUGGUGGCUGUGAACGCCGGAGGCCGCAGCCCCCCUGUUGCCCUCCCAGAGGCUGUCCUGGUGAAGGAGGUUGCUGACCGUCCCAAGGUCCGUCUGCCUCGUUUCCUCAGGCAGAGAUACGUCGCUAACGUUGGAGCCAAGAUCAACCUAACCAUCCCUUUCACAGGUAAACCCAAACCUGUGGUCACCUGGACAAAGAAUGGACAGCCCCUGGACACAAAGAGGGUGAACAUCCGCAGUACCGAGAGAGACAGCAUCCUGUUCAUCCGUUCAUCCGAGAGAGAGGACUCUGGAGUGUACGAGAUGUGCGUGAAGGUGGAGGACUUCGAGGACAGGGCCUCGCUCACCCUUCAAAUUGUUGAGCUGCCAGGGCCUCCUGCCAGUGUAAAGAUUGUGGAUACCUGGGGCUUCAACGUUGCUCUGGAGUGGACCCCACCCACCGACAACGGAAACACAGAAAUCACAGGUUACACAGUGCAGAAGGCCGACAAAAAGACUGGAGACUGGUUCACUGUGUUGGAACAUUACCAUAGACUGAAUGCCACCAUCUCCGACCUCAUCAUGGGCAACACCUACAAGUUCAGAGUGUUCUCUGAAAACAAGUGUGGAAUGAGCGAGAGCGCUGCCAUUACAAAGGGGGAGGCCAAGAUCAUGAAGACAGGAAUUGACUACAAGCCUCCUGACUACAAGGAGCACGACUUUUCCGAGGCUCCCAAGUUCACCACCUCUCUGAGUGACAGAGCCACUACUGUCGGCUACAGCACCAAGCUACUCUGCUCUGUCAGGGGAUACCCAAAGCCCAAGGUUGAAUGGAUGAAGAACCAGAUGAUUAUUGGAGACGACCCCAAGUACAGGCAGAUCUGCGUCCAGGGUAUCUGCUCUCUGGAGAUCCGUAAGCCUGGUAACUUUGAUGGUGGUGUGUACUCCUGCAGAGCCAAGAACGAUCACGGAGAAGCAACUGUCAGCUGCAAACUGGAGGUCAAACAGCCAGCAGUUGCAGAUGCAGACAAGAAAUAGGUCAACAUUCUCAUAAUCACAGGAGCAGAAGGAAUGAGGCCUUUGCAGCAUAAGGAAGGUGCUGGAUUCCUUGAAGAACAUGUAUAUAUGGCUGGUGACCACACUACAAAAAGACUUGUUGGCUGUGACCGCUUGCCAAGUGUUACCCUAUGUUAUGAUGAACAAUUGUUGUCGCUUGAUGCCUUUAUCUUUCUCUACAUUAUUAAGUCCAUAUCCAUGUCCACAAUCAGCUUUUUCCCAAACGAUACUGUCUAUGGUAACUUAUUAACCACAUGUUCAAAUACUGUACCUCCCUAGUUGAUCAUCUUGUUAGUCUAACUAGGUGUACGCCAAGAAUAUCACAGCAUGAAUUUACUGUUCCUCAUAGGAGAUCUACAUGAAACAUCUACAUGUUUAUAUCAAUAAAUAAUUUAAUUUCUGG